GCUUAGUACACCUUGGCUCUUGCGGCUCCUCCUGGCCAGCCUUAUCCUUACUCCAUGGCUCCGCGUUUUACCGUUGAUAAGUAAUGAGGGAAGUCGACGCGAAUUAGAUACAUGGUUCGUGUCUGUCCGCGCUAUAGGUUCUAGGGACAGCUGAAGCAUUCAGAGAGCGUACUACUCCUAGUAGGUGAAGCACAACAGCCUGUGAGUGUCCGGUACUUUGGAGUACAGAGGACCUUACAUAUCUGCCCAUCUUGGAUCAACAAGACAACACGGCUGAAAGGACACACGAUUCCCAGCGGCAGCGUUGCCACCAUGUUAUACCGUCGACCUGCAGGCUGCAUCCCGUUUCUGAAAUCUCCUGAGAAUCCCUGGAAGAAGACCGUACUGCCGUGAGGCUGCCUGUACAGAAUCGUCAAAUUUCUCGUUAUUCUUUCAAAGAGACUUCGCGCUAUUCUUUUUGGUUGCUAGGAAGCCCAGUUUGACAUCCCGUAGGCACUACUGGCUUCACGCCUUUUUGAAGGGACUAGCCUCACAUUCUGCUUUUGAGUCGACUCAAAAACUAGGCUCACAUUCUUGGGAGCUUCACCGCUAUUUUGUCUCGUUGGCCCACUCGCCGCGUGGCUCGGUCCAUCCUGAGUCGCCUACUGGAUCGGUUCUUAGAGACCAGUCGGAGUCUGAGAAUCCUCUGUAAUCAAAAUCUGCUCGGAGCUCUCAGUAACCGCCAUGCUGCCUCGUUGGGCCACUCGCCGCUUGGCGCGCUUCAUCCUGGGCCGUCUAGUGGGUCGGUUCCUGGAGACCAAUCUGAGCCACGAGCAGAUCGAGGUUCAUCUGGGGUCGGCGUCUAUCCACCUCUCGGAUCUCCGCCUCAACACAGAAUAUCUCAACUCCCUGAUUGAAAACAAUGGGAAGGAAACCUCAGGAACAACAGCAGCAUCAGCACCAAGAGUCGUCUCUGGAAUUUCCCAGAAUAAGCCCAAGCAGGCGCUCCCAACCAUCCGCUUCGUUUCAGGGCGCGUGGGCAAGCUAUCUGCGUCCCUCCCUAUAGUCACACUCACCUCAUUAGACCAGCCGUGUACAGUGCACCUGGAUGGGAUCACCCUGGUAGCGGUGCACAUUGUGCUUGACGACAGGACUUCCAGGCUAAAUCUAGCAAGUGCAGGGGCUUGUAAUGGAGGUGACUGUAACGGGGAUAGGUUUGGUGCAGACGCCUGGAGGGAUUCUAAGGGAGUUGUUUUUCGUUUGGAAGAGUUGGCCUAUGCGUCUAGCAUGUAUGCAAGUGUACUGGGCGGGCAGCAGUCUUUUUUUCUGGAUGCUACUGAAGAAGGCAGUAACGAGGAUGCAGGCUCCUCCAUGUUCCAGUCUGCUAUGGGGUCUGCUAGUAACGAGGAUAGUUCACUCAUGUUUCAGUCAGCUUCCAGAGGAUUUAGGGAGUCGGAUUCAUUUCAAGACGCUCAUGGUGAGCUGGCACAAUCUCAGUACUCACGUGCAGACAUGUCACAGCGUGCAGCCACAGCUGGCUCAUCACCUGCCACGUGUCUGCACCUGAAGCUUCAGACGUGCAGCCAUCAGGCGGAGGUGGUUGUGAUUGGCGGAUCAGCAGGCGCAGCAGAAGGCAACAGGGAAAGUCAGGGAGAGAGGGAGACAGGGACCAUUGGAGAGGGGACGGGACGUGGGCGGGAGAAGAGUUGUUGUGUGGGGUGUGGCAGGAACAGCCCAGCGUGGGCCCAUAACCCUCUCAACUCUCCGUGCACAGAUGGUUUGAGAGGGACCGUUCCAGAGAGCGAGCGCGGAGCGCUGGGAGGAGUCAGUGGGCGGGUGAGAGUAAAGCUAGGGUUGCACGGGGACAGAGGAGAGAUUAGGAGGGUGAGGGACGAUGGGGAUGAGAGGGAAGAGGCAGCAGCAUCAGCAGCAGCAGCGGCGGCGGCGGCGGCGGUGGCAGCACGAACGACAGCAAUAUGGGCACCACCAGCAGCGUUACCAGCAGCGCCGUCAUUGGUAGAGAAUUUUGUAGAGGACUGGCUGGAGCAGAGAUUGGCGCAGAGAAGACAGGUGAAGGAGGAGAGGCGGAGAGGCAAGCAGGAGGAGGCAAGCAUGACAGCUGAUAUGGAGGCAAGCAUGAGUGAGUUCUUCGACUGCCUUGACACGGCUAUCUUCCUCUCCUCCUCCCUCUCCGCCUCACUCCAUCCGUCCACCACUCCCUCCGACCCUACACCCGCACCCACCGCCUCUCUCUCCCACAACACCACUCCUCCUCAUUCACCCCUCCCUCCUCACUCUCGUGCGGCUCAUUACGCCGCCCCCCCCGGUCUUUUUGAUUCGUUCUUCGCACCGUCGUCAUCUUCUGGUUGGGGUGGUGCUGGGGGAAUACCCUCCUCUUCCUUCUCCUCCUCCCCUUCCUCCCCCUCCUCCUCCUCCUCGCCCGCACCUCACUCGCUCUGGUCCUGGGCGCAUGCAGCAGUCUCAGCAGUCUCUGCCACGUCAGCACUGGCAGCUGGCAUGCCGCCCGCUGCGGCUGCAUCCUCUGCUAGCCCUCCCGUCCAGUUCUAUCUCUUUCUCUCGGCAUCCCCAGCGUCGCCCUCUCUCUCGCGCGCUCACACCAAGAAAGCAGAGACUGUGAAACCGCCAGUGCCUGGUCUGCAUCCUGUGCUGGUGUGAAAGACGGAGCUCUGGUCCUUGCGUUGGACGGGGUCCAUGCUUCACAAGAGG